UGUGGCGCAGACAGUGGGGUUCUGCCCUCAAUCACAAUUACUGAGUUACUGAAACGCAUUCUGUGUGCAGAGCUUCAGGAGUCAAAACAAGCAGCCAGGAUGGGAGUCGAGGUUGAAACUAUUACUCCUGGAGACGGAAGUACUUUCCCUAAAAAAGGACAGACGUGUGUCGUGCACUACGUGGGCUCUCUGACAGAUGGACGCAAGUUCGACUCCUCCCGGGACCGAGGAAAGCCUUUCAAAUUCAAAAUUGGCAAACAGGAAGUGAUUCGUGGUUGGGAUGAGGGAGUAGCCCAGAUGAGUGUGGGGCAGCGUGCCAAGCUGACUUGCACUCCGGACUUUGCUUACGGGAGCAAGGGGCACCCGGGCAUCAUUCCUCCCAACGCAACCCUCAUAUUUGAUGUGGAGCUGAUUGGCUUGGAGUAAAGCCCCCACAAUUGGACUCAGGUUAUUCCCUAUUCAUUCUUUCAGGGUCAACCUUUUUAAGGAACAUUGCUCCAUGCACGUGAUCCUGAAAAGGGGCUAGUGUUAAUAGCGAUACCACUUAGCUUAGCUCUGUUUUGCAUUUGUAUAUUUUGUUGCCUUUUUCUUUCUUUUCUCCUUGACACAAUCACUGGUAUCCUCUCAAUUAUUGGACGUUCAUUAAGACACAAG